AUGAAUGAAGAAGAUCCUCAAUUUCCGUCCCGACUCUCCAAAGACAUCCAAACAUGGCACGAAGAGUCAAUCAGUCCCCAAUACCUUACCCAUGAGGAACGAAUCAUUGAGAAGCGUCUGGUUUGUCGAAUGGAUCUUCAUAUCUUGCCACUGGUGAUACUGGUCUAUCUGAUGAACUAUAUGGAUAGAAACAACUAUGUCUCAGCAAGGCUUCAAGGCCUCGAGACCGACCUCAGUCUUAGAGGGGACCAGUACGAAAUUGGUCUUUCAGUUAUGUAUAUCAGCUACAUUCUUGCUCAAGUUUCCUCGAACCUCUUGUUGAACUAUUUCGGCCGCCCCUCCCUCUAUCUCGGUUUCUUCGUUCUCAGCUGGGGUCUGGUCGCAACUUUGACUUCCCAAUGCACCAACUUCGGGGUAAUAGUUGCCUGUCGAUUUAUGCUUGGCCUUUGGUACAAAAAGGAUGAACUAAAUCUGCGAAUGGCCAUCUUCUAUUCUGGCUCCUUGAUAUCUGGAGCUUUUGGUAACCAGAUUGCCGCGGGUAUCCUCAAUGGACUAUCGGGAAAGCGAGGGUUAGCCGCGUGGCAAUGGCUCUAUGUAAUUGAGGGCUCUAUCACGAUGUUUUUUGGAAUUAUUGUGUUAUUCUUUUUGCCAGAAUUUCCUCAGACAUGUCGUCUUCUAACCGAAGGGGAAAAGUCAGUGGCCAAUCGACAGAUGGCUCUUGAUGCAGCAGAUGCGGACGUCGGUGAAGCGAGCGCGAUGUCCCAGCUCAAGGGCCUCAAGUUGGCGGUCACCGACAUCAAGACCUGGAUCCUGGCUUUUACCUAUAUGGCCAUUACCGGUGCCGCCGACUUUCAAAGCUUUUUCCCUACAUUGACGGCUACCAUAGGUUACAGUCAUAUUAUCUCUUUGCUACUGGUAGCACCUCCCUAUAUCUUCAUGACCUUCUGGAGCUACGUGCAUGGAGCUUUGCCUGACCGGUUGGAGAGCGAUUCUGGUAGAAUAAGGUUUUUUAUGUACCCGAUCCCCCUCACAAUCGCCGGCUUCAUAAUCUUUGUGGCAGUGGAUGGAUUCGGUCCCAAAUAUUUCUCAUUCUUCCUUGUCAUUUUUGUCUUCGCCAUGAACAGUACACUGUUCACCUGGAUUGCGACCUCAAUCCCUCGACCUCCUGCUAAAAGGGCCCCGGCUAUUGCAAUCAUUAAUGGUUUGGGAAACUCAGCUUCGAUCUGGACACCCUCAACAUAUUCUUCCAGCGAAGCACCGUAUUACCGGACGGCAUUUGGCAUAAGACAAGCAUUGUGGCUGCGGUUUCUUUUGGUCCGCGAGAACAAGUUGUUGGCAAGAUUUAAAAAUGGGAAUGCAGUAUUGCCUGAGCCUGAACUGGACAAACUGCGCCAACUAGCCAUUGUUGAAGGCGUUGAUAUUGACACUGCAAGACAGCUCCGAAGGGGAUUCCGAUAUGCGAUUUACAAAUUUUCUUGGUAG